CUUGAAGAAGUAAAGAUCUAUAAAAUGAAGGCUGUUUUUGUUGUGUGUGUUGCCGCUAUAAGCGUGAUGAUGGUGCAGGGCCAAGGAAUUCCUAUUGCUAACUGUCCCAAGGGCGAGCAUUCCGUCCUCUACUGCCCACAAAUGGCCGAACCAUCGUGUGAUAACCCUACCGUCCAUGAGAUGAAGUUCCCUGGACCCUGUGACAUCCCUCAAUGUUUCUGUAAUACUCCCACAGUCAGAAACACGAAGACUGGAAAGUGUGUCAAACUGGCUGAUUGUUAACACGUCAACGGCCGCGUAGGUCACCAGUGACCUACGUUAGCGGAGAAGUUGCCUUCAGCAGUUUUCUGUCGGCAGUCAAAGGCUUAAUUUAAAAAAUAAUGCAACUUUUUUUCCUGAAUAAAUUCGAAUUCAAG